AAAAAACAGUCCCUCUCGACUUGCCAUAGGUUGACAUUACAUGGUCAAACUUGGCUGCACACACAAUGAACAAAUCCAUUUUGUCCUUCUUAGGACAAAUAAAUGGUUGCAUUUAUGGAAUUCAUGCGCUUAACCCGUUAUAGGGCUACAUACGCGACGGCCUUGUCUACUAAUAAUUCUAGUCAGAAUAAAGGCUUUCCUGACAGAGGCAACAGAAGACCAAGGAGAGAGGCGGGUGACCCCAGGACAGAUAGGAUGCCUGUAGACCAGGACUGGACAGCAGUGUACCCGACCGCUGCCCCCUUCAGACAGGGCUCUGUGCCCCUGCCUGUCCGCAUGGGCUUCCCAGUGAAGAGAGGGGUGCCUCCGGAGAAGGGCAACCUAGAGCUCAUCAAGAUUCCAAACUUUUUGCAUUUAACUCCAGCAGCCAUAAAGAAACACUGCGAAGCUCUGAAGCAUAAGUCAAAGUGCUUAUUGAGCGCGUUCUGCACAGAGUGGCCCUCUGCCCUGGACACAGAUGCUAAAUAUGAUGAGCACUUCCCUGUCAAAGUAAAGAACAAGGACUACGUGUCUGCUGGCACCUCCCUCAGAAACCCAUCUGCCCGCAUAGUCCACCUCAGAGUGAAGCUCUCCAGUCUGAACUUGGACGACCAUGCCAGGAAGAAGAUGGUUAAACUGGUAGGAGAGAGCUGCCCUGUGAGACAACACAGUUAUGACUACGCCAUGUACCUCCUGACUGUCCUCUAUCACGAGUCGUGGGGAAGUGUCUAAUUCUACUACUCUGACUAGUCAAGUCCAGAGAGGUGCUCAGCAGGGCAGAAUAUGGAAAGGUCAGAUGUACAAUAUAUUCCCAGCUCUAUUCAUGACAUGUCUAGCUGUUCCGUUCAGUGUGUUGCAUCCUCCUAAACGUGACCCUGGUCAGAACCAAAGAGCUUGAGUAGUCAUGAUCCUCCGCCUAACCUCACCACCCAGCCAGCCCAUAGGUAGACAGUGAGUGGACGGAUGGUCAGGCAGCCAAGGCCAUCACUGUGCAGAGCAUCAGAGACCCCUAAUGGACUAGGAAAGAGAUGCAUGAUACCUUAAACCAUCCCUACAGGUACAGGGCUUAGAUAUACAUUAGGGCUUUGGAAAUAGAAAGAGUUACAGGCUUUUAUGUUGCUUUUCAUCCAAGUCAUUUCAGGGAUUCACUAUUCAAGUGAAUCAUUAUUUCUCCCCUUCGUGUGAAAGAGUAAGGCCAUAAGGGGAGAUAUAAUGCAUGAGAAGAAUAGGCAGAGGGAUGGCAUACAGCAGCAUUGUCACCCCUGGCGUUUCCCCUCUAAACAGGAGAAAACAGACUCCAGUAUCUGCCACUUAUUCACAGCACUCCAACCAACACCUGAGAAAUCCACCGUCAGGGUCACCAGCACAGGCUGUUUUCACAUGAGUACAGCCACAAGGGACUUAAUGGCUCUCCCUGUUGUGCCUUUGGGAGUUCUCUCACCAAGGCAGCAGGGUUUAGCUGGUUAAAAAGCCUUGGCUUUUUGUCUCUGGGGAAUGGCAUACAAGCCGGGAAGCGGAACACUUUCUGCUGCCCUUUGCAUACACAAUGGAAGGCACAGUGCAGCCCACCGGUCGGGGGAAGCUGUGCUCAGGUAGUAACGCUUGCCCACAAAGAGGCCGCUUGUUAGCCGCCGCUUGGGUGAUUCUAUCUAUUCACUCAGUGAGACGGACUCUCUGGGCCUGUUGCUAAUUCCACUGUGGGCUGUUGAUCCAAACCGGUGCUCCACUGUGACGGAGCACAGUCCACCACAGCACAGCAGGUAGUGUACUGUACCAUCUCCCCUGCUGGGCACUAGAGGCACUCCAAUCCCCAAGAGACUGGAGAAGGCGUGUCAUGUCUAGCAAUGUACAAAUCCUUGUAUGAACAGCAGCCCUUCACAACAACAAUGGACUCCAUUACAUUUGACUCAUGUAGAAUACAAAAUGGCUCAUGGUUUGCAGGGUACCAGAGUGUUAGAUUAUAUUUUGUUGGUAGAACUUGCAGCCUUAACAGUAAAGGUGAGAAUGUCCUCGCCAAUGGCAGCAUUCUGGUACAUGGAAUGGGAGACAGGGAUUAGCACAGUCCAGAGCAGCGAGUUUCCCCUGCAGCCUCAGGCCGGUCCAGUGUUGCAGUAGCUGCAUCCGUCUAAUACCAAGGAGUGUUGUCCUGGAUGUAGGAUGGGAUGUUCCAUCAUGGGGACAGAAGCCUCCACAACAACACUGCAAUCUACCACAACUGCAUCAGAGGACGUCACUAGCUUAGUUUGCAUAUCAGUCCGUAUCCACCUGCGCUUCAGUCCGGUUCCACAGGUCGUUGAGGUCCAGCCAGUUGGACCAGACUACAAAACCCACAUCACGAGUGUUCAAUUUUACAUUGGCCUUAAACCUUAGGCCCAGGGAGUUGUCCUGUGUCCCUGGCCAGUAGAACCUCCGUAGCCAGAGCCUCCCUACUUCUGGACCUAACUCCCUAACUGUCACAUCGUCACUAUAUUGAGCAUGUUCAACAGGUGAGUCAGUCUGGUAGCAGUGUAAAUCCACUCAAUAUUCAGGACACCUAAACUCCUCACUUUGGCUCAGGAAGACGUCACAUGUGACUGUGUUAAGCAUAGUUUUAGCAACUGGCUGUGUUUUAAGCAUAGCCCCCUUCUCACCACUUGAACAGUUUUGCAGCAUUAUCACCUCAGGUCCAAUCGCGGGACAGUGUAGUUAAAGGUAGUGUAGUACAAAGACCAGAAUUUAAUUUCUACACCCUGAUGUUGACCGGUGCAAUGUUAAGAGACCAACCUCUCUGAUUUCACCACACAGCAUUUGAUGUCUAACUGUCUUUUGUGAAAUAUUUGACAAAUGUACCUCUUUAUAUUAAAACAAAUAAAAAGCUUUCUUUUUCUCAA